AUGUACUGGGGAACGAGUCAGUUAAACAAAUGCAAGGUCAACCGGGCCUUCAGCUGCCGGUCCUUGUACCAAAACGUCAAAGGACUGGAUAUUGCGAUUGAGCAUGGCGUCAAGGAGGUUGCGGUGUUCAUCAGUGCGACGGAGGGGUUUAGUAAAGCCAAUAUCAACUGCACGGUACAGCAGGGAAUAGAGCGAGCAAAGGCCGUAGCGGUGAAAACGAUUGAGUGUGGGAUUACCGUCCGAGGGUAUGUCUCUUGUAUUUUUUCAGACCCAUUCGGUGGACCUACUGAGCCAUCGGCCGUGCUGCACUGCGUUCAAGAACUGCUAGACAUGGGCUGCUAUGAAGUCAGCCUAGGCGACACACUCGGGGUCGGGAGCCCCGACAAAGUCCGCAGUCUGCUCCGCUACCUAGCCGACCACAACAUCCCGCUCGACAAAAUGGCGGGUCACUUCCACGAUACCUAUGGCCAGGCGGUCGCCAGUGUCUGGGAAGCGUACAACUGCGGCGUGCGCGUGUUUGACAGUAGCGUGGAGGAUCUUGUGUACAUGUUUGAAACAGCAGGCAUCGACACGGGUGUUGACCUGCUGAAGCUCGUUGAGACGGGAGUGUGGAUCUCUCAACGGCUGUCCAAGACUAACGCCAGUCGUGCUGGGACCGCGCUGGCUGCAAAGCAUGGCCUUGUCCCCUCCAAACGGUCGUCUUCGUCCCGAACAGCCACCAAGAAACAGAUAUCCUGGACUAUGGUCAAAGACCCAAACGCCUUGUUAGCCUACUGCUCCGGCGUGAACGUCAGGCCCAUCAUCAACAGACCAGAAAAGGGCAACGCGCUUACCUCCUCACCCGGCUCAUUGAAAACAUCACAGCCGACCCCUCCUUCUCCCGACUCAUCAUUACAGGAACAGGACUGCCCUUCUGCACAGGCAUGGAUCUCAACAAGGGCUGUACACCUGUGGUACAAGACGGAACCGUCGUCAAAGGUAAUGAUCGCUUGCAUUAACAGCUCGGCGAUUGGCGGGGGUGUAGGCGCGUUUGUCUGCGAUAUCCAUAUCAAUACCAAAGCUGCAAAUGUGACUCUGAUCGACGUGAAACUCGGUAUCUUCGCUGUGGAUAUUUUUAAGCACGCGAUUCAUGAACGAGUUGGCGUUUACGCGGCAGGCGAUGCUUCGGCUCGUCCCUGA